UUUGCAUAUAUUGCCCACACAGAUGAUGCUUGGAGAUGCACAUUCGCUGGCUGUCAGAUGGGGUAUGCUUGCCAGUGAUGAGAGGGGGGGGAAAAAUGACUUUUUAAAAAAGAUCUGUCGUGCUAAUGGAAUCCCUUCCUUUCCAGGAGACGCAUUCCCACCCCUUAUUAAAGCCAUUAUUAGAGGAUCCGAAGAUGGGGCUGAAAACUUUCCUCCUGUCCCUGCGUUUAGGCCUGUUAACUGCUUUUCACCAAAGUGUUGAGAAAACACUCGAUCGGACGAACCAUGUCCAAGCCGCCGGAGAGGAACAGAUUGAACGAAGACCAUGGCAGAAAGCAGAGUUCAAGUUUGGCGAACGGCAUGGACAGUCAUCCCGUCUGCGGCUCGGCAGAGAAGCGGAGUCACCACUGCAGAAGUUACAAGUUGAUCAUCGACCCGGCGCUCAAGAAGGGAUCCCACAAACUCUACCGCUACGAUGGGCAGACUUUCAGCAUGCCCAACCCUGGGAUUCCACCCGUGGAUCUUGUCAGGGACCCCAGAAUCGGACGCCUCUGGACAAAAUACAAAGAAACGGACCUACCGGUGCCUAAAUUCAAGAUCGAUGAGUUCUAUGUCGGCCCCGUGCCUCCAAAGGAGGUGACGUUUGCACGGCUGAACGACAACAUCAGGGAGGGAUUUCUCACGGACAUGUGCAAAAAAUACGGAGAGAUCGAGGAGGUGGAGAUCCUGUACAACCCGAAGAAUAAAAAGCACUUGGGAAUAGCUAAAGUGGUUUUUGAGAACGUGAAAUCUGCCAAGGUUGCAGUUCAGUCGCUGCACAACACAUCUGUGAUGGGAAACAUUAUCCACGUGGAGUUGGACCCGAAAGGUGAGAAUCGCCUCAGGUACUUCCAGCUCCUGAUGAAUGGCAGCUACACACCGCGGACGCUGCCUGUCGGUGGGGAGGAGGCCAGGGAAGUCUCGCCUCGGAGCCUUGCAGAGGCAUUAAUGGCCUGUGAGCCCAUUCGCAGGCUGUCGGAGGGCAGCAUGUCCUCCAUAGGAGCAGGAUUACCACCCAGCAGCUCGACCACCCCCCUGAGCCUGGAGACGGGCUACUCUAGUAUAAGGCAGGACACCCCCCAGUCCCAGGGAACCCCUCACACCCCACGCCAGCCGGGUACACCCUUCUCUCAGGACUCCAGUUACUCUAGCCGGCAGUCCACGCCGGCGUAUCAGUCGAGCCGUCCCGAGAGCUCCGGGGGCUACAAGCAUCGCCGCCAUGAGAGCAAGUUCCAAGACGCGUACAACCGCCGGCCGGAGAGGCCUCAGUACCGCAGCAACAUGUAUCGGGGUACGCCGUCCGAUCAAGCUACUUUCAAGCAGCAACAGCUGACGCCACCCGAGCCUCCGCCUUCAACCCCUUCCUAUAACUACACAGCGCCUCUCCCGGCUACGCCGAACUUUAAGUCCGCAUUCUCGCCCUACCCAGCUGCUUUGCCGCCUGCGUUUGCCCCAUCAGAGUCGCCCUACCAUCACCAAGCCCAGAGGGAGAGCGAGUACAUCCGGCCGCCGCAGCCGCCACUGACGGCUGCCACGGACACCUUGAAUGUCAAGGAGAGGCCGGAAACCCCUCCCAUCCCAGAGCCGCCACCAGAACCAGUACCCCAACCCACCACCCCUCCUCCUCCUGAAACGCCCGAGCACUGCCCCUCUCCCGGCUCUCCGGCGCUGGACCCUGAGCGCAACAGCCUGGACUCUCGCAUCGAGAUGCUCCUGAAGGAAAAAAGGACAAAGCUGCUGCCGUUCCUGGAGGAGCGGGACUCGGACAACGAGGUGCGAAUGGAGGGCAGCCCCAUUUCCUCCUCUUCCUCCCAGAUGUCCCCGAUCCCACCUUUCAUGGGCGGCUCUCAGGGCGGCCAGCAGAUCUCUCGGCCCUCCAGUACGGGCUUGGAGGACAUCAGCCCAACCCCACUGCCAGACUCGGACGAUGAAGAGCCAAUUCCCGGAACCGCUUCUUUAAUCAGGAGAACGGGCUCCCCCGUCCACGAGAAGAUGGGCAAAAAUGACCUGAAAGACGGAGCCUUUCGGGUCCACACUCCCACUGAGAAAAUGGACACGGCUCAUCAGUCGUCAGGAGAAGACAUGGAAAUCUCUGACGACGAGAUGCCAGGAGCUUCCAUCACCAGCGGAGACAAGGGGAUCGUGGUCAAUUCAGCAAUGUCCCCCAUGCACACCAUGUCCAUGCAUCCCGGCAGCUACCAUCACUUGCAGCACCAAGGCAGCUACACCAUCCCUCACCCCCUCCUGAUGGGGCACGCCGCUCACCUACCCGGCCCCCCUGGAGUGCCUCACCAUAUUUUGCAACCCAUGGGUCACUACCCUCCCAGCAUGAUCCAGAUGAUGGGUCUCAUGAACUGCAUGCCGUGGGAGAGGUGCAGCACGGUGCCCAUGUCCUUUCAGAUGCAGCAGCAGAUGCUGAGCCGCAUGACUCAGACGAGGGGGCACUAUCCGUACCCACAGUACAUGGACAGCGUGUCCGGCCCCUUCGGGGGGCUCUACCCGCCUCUUUCUAUGGAGGCCACCCCUGCUUGCAGCACAGGCGCAAUGGAACCCCAGUGGCACCAUCCUAGUUUACCAAUGUUCAACCCAACCGUUCCUCCUCCGGGGUAUGAGUCUAAGAAAGAGGAUCCACACAAAGCCACCGUCGACGGUGUGCUCCUGGUUAUCGUCAAGGAGCUGAAGGCCAUCAUGAAGAGGGACCUCAACCGCAAAAUGGUGGAGGUGGUGGCUUUUAGGGCCUUCGACGAGUGGUGGGAUAAGAAGGAGCAUUCAGCAAAGGCGUCUUUGACUCCAGUAAAAGGUACUGAGAGUAAAGACGAAGAGCGACCCAAACCUAAAGAGACGAUAGCUUCCAGUCUGUUGGAGAACUGGAAUAAAGGAGAAGCACUUGGCUAUGAGGGAAUGGGUCUGGGAAUGGGUUUACGAGGAGCCAUCCGUUUGCCAUCCUUUAAGGUUAAAAGGAAGGACCCACCUGAUGCGACAGCGGGAGGUGAGAAUAAACGAGCCAGACCGGCCACCCCAGCAGACGACGAGCUGGAGGAUGAAGAGAGAGACAGGGACGCAGCUGGCCUUCCAUCAGACGACUCCAAAAUGGACGGCGAGGGCUCCUUGGCCAAGCGGAGGCCCUCGCGACCGCUUGAACUGGACAGCGAGGGAGAGGAGGAGAUGGACACCUCGGAGAAGGAGGAGGAAUCGUUGUCCGGCGAUGAAGAGGCUGACGAAGACAAGGCUCCAGACAGGCUGUCCUCAGGCAAAGAGAGUGCAGAUGAGGAGGACGAUGACAAAGAUGGAGAUUCAUCCAGCGACAGUGGCUCCUCAGACUCGUCUGACGAUGAAGCGGACAGCUCAGCUUCCUCCAAGGCCAGCUCUGACUCUUCGGCUGAAAGCUCCGACUCUUCAGGAGAAAGCUCCGAGUCCGAGUACGAGAUGAGCUCGGAGGAGGAAGAAGAGGAGCAAGAUGUGAAAGGAGUAAUACCCAAGAUGGAAGAGGCUGAGACCUCCUCGACUUCGUCCUCUUCCUCAUCUUCGUCUUCCGAUGAGGAAGAGGAGAGGGAGGAAGAUCUCAAACCACCAACUCCUCCCGCUGUUCAAGUGGGGCAGUUUGAGGAGGAGUCAAGUUGCAAGUCUAACCGCAGACCACCCAGUCCUCCUCCGGAGGAGACACUGGAGGACCUGAAGCCGACUUUGCAUAAAGGUGUCCGAGUCAAAGAGGAGGAUGUCUCUGUCGCGGCCAUUGGUGUCAAGCUUGAACCUCAGGACCACGUAGCAAUCCUCCGGCCGCCGACUCCCACCGGUGUCCUCCCUGACUGUGACGAGAUAAAAACCAAAGGUAAAGCCGAGCCUGAGGAGGUGCCCUGCUCCCUGGCUCCGUUACCCACCCCAAAACCCAUCUCCGCGUCUUCAAUGCACCUCCCUCUCCCCGCUCACCCCGCUGUAGAAGGUUGUUCCCUCCUCCAUCCUCCUCCUGGUCCCCUGUCCGAGUUUCCUCAGCGACCCCGACUCCCCACAGACGAGGACAUCCCUCGCACGCCGGGCAGGGACCUGAUGGAGCGAGGCCGCAGUCUGGGUAAAUCCCAGAGCACCGACACUAUUCCCAACACCCCCGGCAGUGACGGCCCUCUAACCGGUAGCAGCUUGUUGCUCAGCUCACCUCACAUCCCCGGCAGCCCCUUCUCCUACCCUUCACAGUCCCCCGUCCUCAGUGCUGGGGUCCCUCGUACUCCGGGUAGAGACUUAACGUUCACGCCUGUCUUCCCCGAACCUGCAGCUCUGACGCUGAACAGGAAGAGCUUCGACGAGAGGCCGCUUUUUAAGGCGCCCCCGAUCAGCGCUCAGACCAACCAGCCUCUGGCAGCCGGAACGGCACUCUCUGCCGCCGUAGCCGAAGACCUCCCCACAGGCAUCUCGGGAGAUAUCCCAGACGCCACAUCGAAAAAGAAACCAGGGCGAGCUAAAAUGAAGAAGUCCUCGGCUGUGUCUGCAGGUGAUGAGCCGCCAACCGAGGCCACAGACGUGCCCCAAGCAUCACCUUUUGAAAACCUUUCUCUGACGACGGUCAGAUCGCCCAAACACGUGAGUCUGGACUUCCGGGAAGGAGAUGUGAAGCCUCAGACGCUGCUGCCCGCUGAAGACGGCUACCCGUCUUACGAAGACGAGCAACCCGUGGUCACCAAACUGCCACGCAAGACGCGGCGCGGCUGGGACGAGAUUCUCCUGGACAGCCUGUCCCCCGUCACCACGCCGCCGCGGGCUUAUUUCAGCCCGCGCUCUGAGUUUAAGGAGAUGACUAUCCUUUAUGACAUCUGGAAUGAAGGCAUCGACGAGGAGGACAUCCGGCUUCUGCAGAUCACGUACGACAAGAUGCUCCAGCAGGACAACGGCAACGACUGGCUCAACGACACGCUGUGGGUCAACCAUCCUCCGACCCACAUCCCUGGAGUGAAGAAGAAAAGGAGAGACGACGGCAUGAGGGAUCACAUGACGGGCUGCGCGCGAAGCGAGGGAUAUUACAAGAUCGACAAGAAGGACAAAGUGAAGUACCUGCAGAGCUCCCGCGUGCAGUCCGAGGAGCCGCCCGUCGACACGCAGGGUAUGAGCAUCCCUGCACAGGUCCAUGCCUCUACCAGAGCUGGGUCCGAGCGGCGGUCAGAGCAGCGGCGUCUGCUCUCCUCUUUCGCAUGCGACAGCGACCUGCUCAAGUUCAACCAGCUGAAGUUCCGUAAGAAGAAGAUUAGGUUCUGUAAAUCCCACAUCCACGACUGGGGUCUGUUCGCCAUGGAGCCCAUCGCCGCUGAUGAAAUGGUGAUCGAGUAUGUUGGGCAGAACAUCAGACAGGUAAUUGCCGACAUGCGGGAGAAGCGAUAUGAAGAGGAGGGCAUCGGGAGCAGUUACAUGUUCCGGGUGGACCACGACACCAUCAUCGACGCUACCAAAUGUGGCAACUUUGCUCGUUUCAUAAACCACAGCUGCAACCCUAACUGUUAUGCUAAAGUCAUCACAGUUGAGUCUCAGAAGAAGAUCGUGAUCUACUCCAGGCAGCCGAUCAACGUCAAUGAAGAGAUCACGUACGACUACAAGUUCCCCAUUGAGGACGAGAAGAUCCCGUGUCUUUGCGGGGCAGAGAACUGCAGGGGGACGCUCAAUUAACGUCCGCCGACGGUUAACGGGGUCUGUGCACAGAACGAGCUGAUCAGGUGGAGGAGGACAAGUAGCCGGCACUUAACCUGGAUUCAGCUAAGCUACCUGAAAUGCACUCUUCAUACAUUAAACUCUAGAUUGUUUACGAUUCACGGUGCUCUGCAAACAAACCUGUUUUUGCCGUUUUGUGUCGGUGUGACUUUUUCUCCCCCUAUCUCAGCUCUCAGACAGUAUUUCUGCACAAUUACUGCAGCACCCAGUCCUGGUUACAGGAAAUGUUUCCUUUUGUUUUACACUUUUCUCCCCUCAUUUGUCUCAUAAGCUUUACCCACGCCACAUGUGGUACAAGGAAAAAAAAACAAACUUACAUGACCAGCUGCUCACUAACACUUUAAGAUGCCUGAGGUUGAUGUCGCACUGUCCAUGCUUGCAGCAGGUGAACGAACAGCGGAGCUGCUCCAUGGUACCCGCCGUGCGCAAACAAAUCAAACUAAACUGCAACAGGAAAGGGUUCAUCUGGAGUAUUAAAGCUUCUCUCUCCUGUAGGGGACAGAUCAUGCUGCUUCCUCAUAGUUUAUGCAAAAGUUUAACAAUUAUCUGCAAAAAAAAUUGCAUUAAUCGUGUUCCUCUAAUGUUUUGGGGUUUUUAUGCCCGUUUUUUCAGAUACACUAUGUGUGGAUGUGUGUUUGCAUGAAUGAAAGUCAAAGCUCUGCUGUGAGAACCUAUGGUGCGAGAAUGGAGUGCUGCCCCCUGCUGGCUGAAAGCAGGAUGCAGCUGCAUGGGAAAGCUGACUGAGCAGCAAGAAGCUAAAUGAGAUUGUAGCUCUGGGGGUUAAUUAUUCAUAAUUUGAAGUGCCAAAUUAAUUAAUUAAUGUUGGACAGUCUGUGUUUAACCACGAGGAACCUGCUGAAGUGUUAACAAGCAACCAUGAGGAGUUCUCACCCCAUUUUUUUGGACAUUUGAUGUUUUGGCUUCAUCUUUUAGUAUUUUUCCACAACGUCCGGGCGUUCUCAGUCUGCAGGAGCCUCUUCAUCUUUAUGGUUUAUUUAGAGGAAAGAUUAAAUACUAAAUGCACUCAAGGGGGGCUGCAACUGAGCUCAUCUUUCUCAACCAGGCACCCCUGGAAGACCAAGUCAGUUACAGCUUUUCAUUCAGUCGGAUUAAUGCAGAUUUCAGUUUGUUUUUCACCUCUGAUGUUCAUAUUGUAUAUGAGAAGCUGUACAGAAGAACUAAAACUUUUUUAUCUUCACACAAAUGUAACACUUUUAAGAUGCAUUUUUCUUUUUUCUUUUUUUUUAAGCAAAAGACUGAAUAUUUAAAUAUUUUCAGGGAUAUGUGAAAGGAGCUGAUGGUUAAAAGGUUGUUUAUUUAAAAGGUCCACUGUGUACAGAAAAAGCUUCCACUUCCCUUUUUGAAAGAUUGUUUCUUGUAGAAACGUCUUCUUUUUCUGCCCAUUUACUUUGUGAUCCUAAAAUGUGUAAGUAGUUUAACUGUGAAUAUCAUAUAAAUAUAUGAAUAUAUAUAUAUAUCUAUAUAUAUAUAUUUUUGUUUCCUGGGAUUUGCUACUUGAACACAGCUCAGAGGUGUGUGUAAUAUAGGAAGGUUAAUGCUGGGCUGGUCAGCUGGUAGCAGAAAAUUCAGCUUGUGUCAAGCUCUUUCUGUUUUAUUUUUUAAUUUUGUUGUAAAUUCUAUGAAAAUCUCUUUGCGGUGUGGAAAAUAAAAAAAGGUGCAGAAACGGCACUUGGAAGAGGACUGAGGUUUCAGCCCGUUUCCCGUGUCUAUUUAUUAUAAGUGUAUGAAAAACAAAGUGAAUAAAGAAUUUUUGC